AUGAGACUCCUCCUCCCUCUUUUCCUCUUCGCGGCAUAUGCCCAGGCCCAGCUCAUCUUGGGAGCCCUCGCCCUGAUCGAGCUCACCAUAGAAGUCCUCGAGGCAGCAGAGGUCGUCGCCACCAUAGAUGUCUCCGUCGACCUCGCCGUCACCGGCGCCGAAGCGGCUGAGACUGCCGCUGUCGAGGCUACCGUCACCAACGUAGGCACGACCGUGACCCGCGCCGGCGAGGCAGGCAUCGAGCUCGAGGGCGAUGCCGCCAUGACCGGCUUCGGCCGCGUCUCCCGGGAGGGUCCCGGAUUCACCCAGGGAACUUUCACCUACCGCCAGCAGUACCCUCUCGGCGUCGGACCGGGUCGCCGCUCGACUGCCAACCCAGAGAUCAGCCUGUCAUGGGGUGCCCGGACCAACGGUGUUCGCAGCGGAAACACCAACAGCAUCCAGUUCACCAACCCCACCAUCUCCAAUGUACGGGCGCUCAACCCUGGUGGAAAGGGCACUAGCAUCCGUGUCCGAUCCUCCAACACUAGACUUCUCGCCCCGAAAUAG